GCUGGAGCUUCGCGCGCCUUUGGCACCACCAUUACCACACCUGGAUACAUCUAAUGCAGUUAGUAGUAGACAAAACGUGACAAUGAGCGGCGCCCGCGACCCCGCCGGCCCAGCAGCCGCCCGCGACCCCGACGAGCCGUCGUACAUCGACUACGAAGCCUUCCUCGACCCGUCCUUCAAGCCGGCGUCCUUCGCCAACACGCUCGUCCUCGCAACCAACAACCCAACCGACACCCCGCUCGACCUCUCCACCCCGCUCUCACGCGUGCUCUUCGAUAUCCAAGAAAUCGACUCCCACAUCGACCUGCUGACCACCCGCUCGGCCCUCCCCCUGCUGGAACACACCCAGACCCAAACUGAAGCCAGCACCCGCAUCGUCUCGCAAGUCGAAGCCCAAAUCACCGCCCUCAACGAGAGCUACGCCCAGCUCGAGAAGGAAGUCACGCAGAAACACGCCGAGGCCGACGAGGUGCGGCGCGUCGCCGCCCGCCUGUGGGACACGCUCCGCCUCGCCCGCGCCGUCGGCCGCUGUCUGCAGCUGGGCCGCCAGCUCGAGGCGCAGCACGCCGAGCUGACGGGGUCGGCGUCGGCCGCGCCGACGGCCAGUGCCGCGGCGCUGCGCGCGAGGGAGGACCACCGCGCGCUGGUGCGCUGCGCGCACACGCUAUUGCAGCUGAGGGAGCUGUUUACGUCGGCCGGCGUGCCCGGCGGGGAAGGGUAUGGGCUGGACAGGGUCGCGGUGGUGAGGACGCUGCGCGAGGGCGUGGUCGCGCCCGUGGAGAGGUCGGUGCGGGAGACGGCGGAGAGGAUGGUGCGGGAGUUUUCGGUGGGCAGCGCGUCCGGGAGCGCGACGUUUGCGCAGAGCGAGGAGGUGAAAGGCCGGACAGUGUCGGCCGUUACCGCGCUGUAUCUGCUCACGCCGGUGCCGGCUGGGACGGCGGGGAAGGGGGCGGAGAAGUGGAUGCCUACGCUGAUGCUGCAGGCGCUGGAUGUGUAUUUGCGGUCUGCGCUGCAGAGCAGUAUCGCCGGGUUGUCGAGGGCGCUGGCGACGCUGCCCAGUCUGGAGAGGACGCUUGCGGAGGUCAGCGCGCGGUGUCAGAAUGUCGUGGCGUUGGAGGCGGUGCUGGAGGGGAUCAAGGCGCCGCAACAUCCGCUGCUGCAGGGGAAGCAGCCGCUGGCGGGCGGGAGUAUGCUGCAGCCGCUGCUGGCGUAUUUGGAGACAGGGUCGCUGGCGAGCUACUUCUGGCGGACCAUGGCAAGUAACAUGGCGCCGAGAGUGCAGGAGAUCAUUGCCAAGGGAGGUGUGUCUGCGCGGACUCUUAAGACGAACCGGCAGAGCGUGGGCGAGGCGAUCAAGGAAUGCGUGGCCAGGGGCAGCCAGCUGCCCAGUACGGUUGCCGCCGCGGCGAAGGGUAAAAGCAGUGCGGGUGAGACGGACAAGAAUGCGAAGCACUGGGAGAUGGAGGUUGCCGUCAUGGUGGGCAGUAUCGUCAACAAUCUUGGGCGAUGAUGGCAAAGGGGAAGUCCGAGUCGCUCAAUGGCACGAUUGCUAGAAGCCUUUCAACCUUGAUACUCAUAGAUUAUGCGGUCUGACUGCCACUUCGUCGCUGAGGUGCAGUGCAGGUUCCAUUGCAUGAGUCUCGAGCAGCAUCUUCAUGCUAGGAAGGGUCAUCACCAAAAGGAAUAAAAAAGAAAGGAAAGGGAAACAACAAGAAACACAGUCAUAAGAGAAGACGAGGACACAAAUAUUUGCGGUUAACGCACCUCUUACAGCUUCUACCCCAAGUGAUUACAUGAAAGUCCACUGACAAGCAAAUG